AUGAUGUCCUAUGGAGAGAGGCUGGGGGGCCCGGCUGUCUCCCCACUACCAGUCCGAGGGGGCCACAUGAUGCACGGGACAGCCUUUGCCUACGUGCCCAGCCCUCAGGUCCUGCACAGGAUCCCAGGGACCUCCACCUACGCCUUCCCCAGCCUGGGCCCUGUGGCCCUUACCGAUCACAGCUGCCCCUACGGGGAGGUUCUGGAGUGCCAUGAUGCCUUGCCUGCCAAGCUGGCCCUGGAGGAGGAGCAGAGGCCAGAGCCUGGGCUGGCCCAGAAGCUGCGCCGGGCUGGCAUGACCCUCGUCAAGGUGCCCCUGAUGCUCGCCUUUCUCUACCUCUUCGUCUGCUCCCUGGACGUGCUCAGCUCCGCUUUCCAGCUGGCUGGAGGGAAGGUGGCUGGUGACAUCUUCAAGGACAAUGCCAUCCUGUCCAACCCCGUCGCGGGGCUGGUGGUAGGGAUUCUGGUUACCGUGCUGGUCCAGAGCUCCAGCACCUCCACGUCCAUCGUCGUCAGCAUGGUCUCCUCUGGCUUGCUGGAGGUGAGCUCUGCCAUCCCCAUCAUCAUGGGCUCCAACAUCGGCACAUCUGUCACCAACACCAUCGUGGCCCUGAUGCAGGCAGGGGACAGGACUGACUUCCGGCGGGCCUUUGCAGGGGCCACGGUGCACGACUGCUUUAACUGGCUGUCGGUUCUGGUCCUGCUGCCCCUGGAGGCUGCCACCGGGUACCUGCACCAUGUUACUCGACUGGUGGUCGCCUCCUUCAACAUCCAUGGUGGCCAAGAUGCCCCCGACCUGCUCAAGAUCAUCACAGAGCCCUUCACCAAGCUCAUCAUCCAGCUGGACAAAUCUGUGAUUACCAGCAUUGCCACCGGCGACGAGUCCCUGAGAAACCACAGUCUGAUCCGGAUCUGGUGCCACCCAGACCCCACCGGGGUUCCCACCCCCCUGCCCAGGGCAGAGGCCAACACCAGCUGGACCCUUGGAAAUGCCACCAUGGAGAAAUGCAACCACAUCUUCGUGGACACAGGGCUGCCUGACCUGGCCGUGGGGCUCAUUCUGCUGGCCGGCUCCCUGGUGCUCCUGUGCACCUGCCUCAUUCUCCUUGUCAAGAUGCUCAACUCUCUGCUGAAGGGCCAGGUGGCUAAGGUCAUUCAGAAGGUUAUCAACACAGACUUCCCCGCCCCCUUCACCUGGGCCACAGGCUACUUUGCCAUGGUGGUGGGCGCCGGCAUGACCUUCGUUGUCCAAAGCAGUUCUGUGUUCACCUCGGCCAUCACCCCACUCAUCGGCCUGGGUGUGAUCAGCAUCGAGAGAGCCUACCCCCUCACGCUGGGCUCCAACAUUGGCACUACCACCACGGCCAUCCUGGCUGCACUGGCCAGCCCCCGGGAGAAGUUGUCCAGCUCCUUCCAGAUCGCCCUCUGCCACUUCUUCUUUAACAUCUCGGGCAUCCUGCUGUGGUACCCGGUGCCCUGCACGCGCCUGCCCAUCCGCAUGGCCAAGGCGCUGGGCAAACGCACAGCCAAGUACCGCUGGUUUGCCGUCCUCUACCUCCUCCUGUGCUUCCUGCUGCUGCCCUCGCUGGUGUUCGGCGUCUCCAUGGCAGGCUGGCAGGCCAUGGUGGGUGUGGGCGCACCCUUCGGGGCCCUGCUGGCCUUUGUGGUGCUCGUCAGCGUCUUGCAGAACCGCAGCCCUGGACACCUGCCCAAGUGGCUGCAGACAUGGGACUUUCUGCCCCGCUGGAUGCACUCGCUGCAGCCCCUGGACCGCCUCAUCACCCGUGCCACGCUGUGCUGUGCCAGGCCUGAGCCCCGUUCCCCACCGCUGCCCGCCAGGGUCUUCCUGGAGGAGCUGCCCCCCGCCACCCCCUCCCCCUGCCUGGCACAACCCGCUCGACACAACGCCACCCGCCUCUAG